CAAGGCCCUGGAACUGCGGCGCUCGGCGAGUCGAUCCAGGAUAGAUAGCAGCUCCAUGUCUCCGGCCGCUGAGGCCCCGCCGGCCGGCUGGGCAGUCCGGGGAGGCCUGGCGGGCGGCGCGUAGGCGGCGGCUGCGAGCGCCGGGGCGCAGUAGCGGACGGGGUGGGCGCGCGGCCAGGCGCCUCCCCGGCCCCCGCGACCCAACUCCAGCCCGGGCCGGAAUAAGUUGCUGCCGCCGGCGGAGAGCGGGGCUGCGGAGCCACCGGGGCGCCAUGCCGGCGGUCAAGAAGGAGUUCCCGGGCCGCGAGGACCUGGCCCUGGCUCUGGCCACGUUCCACCCGACCCUGGCCGCGCUGCCGCUGCCGCCGCUGCCGGGCUACCUGGCGCCACUGCCCGCGGCGGCCGCCCUCCCCCCGGCCGCCUCGCUGCCCGCCUCGGCCGCCGGUUACGAGGCUCUGCUGGCCCCGCCGCUCCGCCCCCCGCGCGCCUACCUCAGCCUGCACGAGGCCGCCCCGCACCUCCACCUGCCCAGGGACCCGCUGGCCCUCGAGCGCUUCUCGGCCACCGCGGCCGCGGCCCCGGAUUUCCAGCCGCUGUUGGACAACGGCGAGCCGUGCAUCGAGGUGGAGUGCGGCGCCAACCGCGCGCUGCUCUACGUGCGCAAACUCUGCCAGGGCAGCAAGGGCCCGUCCAUCCGCCACCGCGGCGAGUGGCUCACGCCCAACGAGUUCCAGUUCGUCAGCGGCCGCGAGACGGCCAAGGACUGGAAGCGCAGCAUCCGCCACAAAGGGAAAAGUCUGAAGACGCUUAUGUCCAAGGGGAUCCUGCAGGUGCAUCCUCCGAUCUGCGACUGCCCGGGCUGCCGAAUAUCCUCCCCGGUGAACCGGGGGCGGCUGGCAGACAAGAGGACAGUCGCCCUGCCUGCCGCCCGGAACCUGAAGAAGGAGCGAACUCCCAGCUUCUCUGCCAGCGAUGGUGACAGCGACGGGAGUGGCCCCACCUGUGGGCGGCAGCCAGGCUUGAAGCAGGAGGAUGGUCCGCACAUCCGUAUCAUGAAGAGAAGAGUCCACACCCACUGGGACGUGAACAUCUCUUUCCGAGAGGCGUCCUGCAGCCAGGACGGCAACCUUCCCACCCUCAUAUCCAGCGUCCACCGCAGCCGCCACCUCGUUAUGCCCGAGCAUCAGAGCCGCUGUGAAUUCCAGAGAGGCAGCCUGGAGAUUGGCCUGCGACCCGCCGGUGACCUGUUGGGCAAGAGGCUGGGCCGCUCCCCCCAUAUCAGCAGCGACUGCUCUUCAGAGAAGAGGGCACGAAGCGAAUCCCCUCAAGCAGAGGUGCUGCUGCUGCCGCCGGAGCUGGGGCCCAGCAUGGCCCCGGAGGACCACUACCGCCGGCUUGUGUCAGCACUGAGCGAGGCCAGCACCUUUGAGGACCCUCAGCGCCUCUACCACCUGGGCCUCCCCAGCCACGGUGAGGACCCACCCUGGCAUGAUCCCCCUCAUCACCUCCCCAGCCACGAUCUCCUGAGGGUCCGGCAGGAGGUGGCAGCUGCAGCUCUGAGGGGCCCCAGUGGCCUGGAAGCCCACCUGCCCUCCUCCACGGCAGGUCAGCGUCGGAAGCAGGGCCUGGCUCAGCACCGGGAGGGCGCCGCCCCAGCUGCCGCCCCGUCCUUCUCGGAGAGGGAGCUGCCGCAGCCGCCCCCCUUGCUGUCGCCGCAGAAUGCCCCUCACAUCGCCCUGGGCCCCCAUCUCAGGCCCCCCUUCCUGGGGGUGCCCUCGGCUCUGUGCCAGACCCCAGGCUACGGCUUCCUGCCCCCCGCCCAGGCGGAGAUGUUCGCCCGGCAGCAGGAGCUCCUGCGGAAGCAGAACCUGGCCCGGCUGGAGCUGCCCGCCGACCUCCUGCGGCAGAAGGAGCUGGAGGGCGCGCGCCCACAGCUGCUGGCGCCCGAGAACGCCCUGCGCCCCAACGACGGCGCCGAGGAGCUGCAGCGGCGCGGGGCCCUGCUGGUGCUGAACCACGGCGCGGCGCCACUGCUGGCCCUGCCCCCCCAGGGGCCCCCAGGCUCCGGACCCCCCACCCCGUCCCGGGACUCUGCCCGGCGAGCCCCCCGGAAAGGGGGUCCCGGCCCUGCCUCAGCGCGGCCCAGCGAGUCCAAGGAGAUGACGGGGGCUAGGCUCUGGGCACAAGAUGGCUCGGAAGACGAGCCCCCCAAAGACUCGGACGGAGAGGACCCCGAGACGGCAGCUGCUGGGUGCAGGGGGCCCACUCCGGGCCAAGCUCCAGCUGGAGGGGCCGGCGCCGAGGGGAAGGGGCUUUUCCCAGGGUCCACACUGCCCCCUCCGCUGCCCCUGGGCUUCCCUUAUGCCGUCAGCCCCUACUUCCACACAGGCGCGGUAGGGGGACUCUCCGUGGAUGGGGAGGAGGCCCCAGCCCCUGAGGACGUCACCAAGUGGACCGUGGAUGACGUCUGCAGCUUCGUGGGGGGCCUGUCUGGCUGUGGAGAGUACACUCGGGUCUUCAGGGAGCAGGGGAUCGACGGGGAGACCCUGCCACUGCUGACGGAGGAGCACCUGCUGAGCACCAUGGGGCUGAAGCUGGGGCCGGCCCUCAAGAUCCGGGCCCAGGUGAGCCGCUGGGGAGUGAGGUCAGGGUCUCCAGACCACAGCUGGGCAGAAAGCUCUGGGUGGGCGUGCGCCAGCCCCCACCAGGCCAUCUCUCUGCAGGUGGCCAGGCGCCUGGGCCGAGUUUUCUACGUGGCCAGCUUCCCCGUGGCUCUGCCACUGCAGCCACCAACCCUGCGGGCCCCGGAGAGAGAACUCGGCACAGGAGAGCAGCCCUUGUCCCCCACAACGGCCACGUCCCCCUAUGGAGGGGGCCACGCCCUUGCCGGUCGAACUUCACCCAAGCAGGAGAAUGGGACCUUGGCUCUACUUCCAGGGGCCCCCGACCCUUCCCAGCCUCUGUGUUGA